AUGCCUGAGGCUCCCCAGCUGCGUGCUGGGCCUGCUGGGCCUGCUGGGCCAGCAGCCCAGCAGGCCCAGUCUUGUGGCCCAGCAGGCAGUCUUGUGGCCCAGCAGGCAGAGAUAAGGGUUACCUUUGAGGCCAGCCUUUCUCAUCCACUUGAAGCCUUGCGGCACGAGGGAAGUGUCCAGAGAGCGAUGAAAGCCUUUGCUGUUGCCCUCGUCAGCCUAGCCAUCAUGGCAAGUGAGGCCAAGUUGUUUCACAGAUGUGAACUAGCGAAGAUUUUCAAAAGUCAUGGGCUGGAUAGAUUCCGUGGCUACAGCCUGGGUGACUUGUUCCUUGAUGAUGACCUCGAUGAUGACAUCAUGUGUGCCAAGAAAAUUGUCCAGGCUCCAAAUGGGAUGGGAGCCUGUUCUUUGGACAGAUCCUCAUACAGUGUCCAGAGAGCAGUAGCCAUGAAAGCUCUUGCUGUUGCCCUUGUCAGCCUAGCCAUCAUAGCAAGUGAGGCCAAGGUGUUUCACAGAUGUGAACUAGCAAAGAUUUUCAAAAAGCAUGGGCUGGAUGGAUACCAUGGCUACAGCCUGAACAAUUUGUUCCAAGAUGAUGACCUCACGGAUGACAUCAGGUGUGCCAAGAAAAUUGUCCAGACUCCAAAGGGGAUGGGAGCCUGGUGA